ACGAGCUUGCGCAAAUCUAACCUCGUCCUACCAGCCCAGCAAAUCGAUCUCAGAUUGCAGCAGGGGAUGUUUUGGCCUCAGCAGUAUCUGCUUUGGCGCCGAAACCCUGACAAGCUGUCUCCACUCGCGCAAGCCCGUUACAUUGGGUUCUACAACACACUAUGGCUAAUAGCAAACGACGCCAUCGUCGGUGUAGCUGUCGGAGCGUUAUUGCUGGACAACGCGCCGUAUCUCGCUAGCCUGAUGGAACGCUUCAUCCAAACGUAUACAAUCGACAGAACGCGGGACAUGAUCGUAUGGCUUAUGGGCUCACCAGCCGGACUGAAGUUAAAUGCCGAUCUGAACGGAAUUCUGGGAACCCUAUUCAUGGAGUUACUAGUUCUCUGGAGUGGAUGGGCCCAAGCCCUCUGCCCACACCUCCCGCAACUCAUCCGCGUAAUCAGCGCCUGCAGCGUCGUGGGCGUAUCAAUGUCCAUAUCCGUCUUUCUGGACCUUCUUGCAAUCAUCACCGUCCAUUUGCAUCUGUGCUAUAUUGUUGCGAGCAAGAUUUAUUACUGGGAGGUGCAGGGACUUGUGUCGAUGUUUACAUUGUUUCGAGGAAAGAGGAAGAACGUGGAGAAGAACCGUAUUGACUCGGCCGAAUAUACCCUCGAUCAACUGCUUCUCGGAACAAUACUCUUUGCCCUCCUCACCUUCCUAUUCCCCACCGUCGCGGUGUACUACGUCCUCUUCUCGCUGAUUCGCAUCUCAGUCGUCCUAACCCACGCCGUCUUCGAAAUCGUGCUGGCGUUCGUCAACCAUUUCCCAUUGUUUGCCAUCAUGUUGAGGAUUAAGGAUCCGAGGCGGUUGCCAGCGGGAAUCAUAAUUGAUGCAUCGCCUCUGAGGGAUGCGUUUGAUCUGUCAGUAUGGUGGAAAUCGUUUGGGUCCCAGUCUGAAGCCCACGCGACGGAAACGGUGAAGCGUGCAGGGGAAGGAGCUGUGUAUAUGAGGAUGAAGACCGCACCCCUAUCCUACUCCUCCAUCUUCUACCAGUACAAGUACCUUUGGACAAGGCUACGAACCCACUACCUCCUCACAGACAUCCUCAACUCCCUCUUCCUCGGACGCAACAUCCAAGUCAUCCCUAAACUCCAGGUAAGAUUGGCAGAAAAAGAAAUGUCAUUUUUUUGUGAUUGUUUUCCAAAAAGUCUCUUCAUGUAUCUGGUUAACUCCUGUUCUUUUUCUGUUUCUCACGGCGCGUUUGUCUAUCUGCUAGUAUCCCACCUUGCCGGCGAGGAAGUAUGA